CUCAAUACUUUGACUUGUUUAACUAAUAUGCUCCGACCAAUCAGCGGCGCUCUUCGCCACGCCGCUUCCUCAUCCUACCACCAUGUCCGCCGGCGAGCUACCACCUUCAACCACCCGCCACCACUACUCCGACACUACAACACAACCUCUCGUAAUAUAUCAAACAUACGAACAUGUUCUUCUUGUCUUCAAUCCUUUUUAUCAAGUUAUAAUAAUGUAAAUCAAUGUAGACCCAUCACUACCACCGCCGCCACCACCACCACCAGUCCAGCCAUCGCCGCCGUGGAGCCACUAAAUUACGGCAGAACAACAGCGAUAGCGGAUACAAUAGACGCAUAUUCAGCUAUAGAAUUAGCUCUUGAUUCAGUUGUUAAAGUAUUUACAGUUUCAAGUAGUCCUAAUUAUUUCCUUCCUUGGCAAAAUAAAUCACAACGUGAAUCCAUGGGUUCAGGAUUUGUUAUAUCUGGGAAGAGGAUUGUAACAAAUGCUCAUGUAGUUGCCGAUCAUACAUUUGUACUUGUUAGAAAACAUGGUUCCCCUACCAAGUAUCGAGCAGAAGUUAAAGCUGUUGGUCAUGAAUGUGACCUUGCCAUUCUUACUGUUGAAAGUGACGAAUUUUGGGAGGGUAUGAAGUUUUUGGAGCUCGGAGAUAUCCCAUUUAUGCAGGAAGCUGUUGCUGUUGUUGGAUAUCCUCAAGGCGGUGACAACAUUUCUGUGACAAAAGGGGUAGUUUCAAGAGUUGAACCUACACAAUACGUACAUGGAGCUACUCAGCUCUUGGCAAUACAGAUAGAUGCAGCCAUAAAUCCAGGAAACAGUGGAGGACCAGCAAUCAUGGGUGAUAAGGUUGCUGGAGUAGCAUUCCAAAACCUCUCGGGGGCUGAAAACAUAGGCUACAUAAUUCCUGUGCCUGUGAUAAAACAUUUUGUCGAGGGUGUUGAAGCUAGUGGAAAUUAUUCUGGUUUCUGUUCUCUAGGCUUGUCAUGCCAACCUACUGAAAAUAGUCAACUACGUGAAUACUUUGGCAUGCGCCCUGAUUUGACUGGGGUGCUUGUGAGCAAGAUUAAUCCACUAUCUAAUGCAUAUAAUGUCUUAAAGAAAGAUGACAUUGUUCUUUCAUUUGAUGGUGUUCCAAUAGCGAAUGAUGGAACAGUUCCUUUCCGUAAUCGAGAGAGAAUAACCUUUGAUCAUCUGGUUUCGAUGAAGAAGCCAAAUGAGACAGCUAAAGUUAGAGUGUUGAGAGGUGGUGAAGAGCUUGACUUGACAGUUACACUUCGUCCAUUGAAGCCUCUGGUACCUAUCCAGCAGUUUGAUAAGGUUCCUAGUUAUUAUGUAUUUGCUGGUCUGGUGUUUGUGCCUUUAAGCCAGCCAUACCUUCACGAAUAUGGAGAAGACUGGUUCAAUACCUCUCCACGUCGGCUUUGUGAACGAGCAUUGAGGGAGCUACCUCAAAAGCCUGAUCAAGAGCUUGUUAUCUUAUCCCAGGUGUUGAUGGAUGAUAUAAAUGUGGGAUAUGAGCGUCUUGCUGAAUUACAGGUUAAGAAGGUAAAUGGCAUCGAAAUUAACAACCUGAAACAUAUGUGCCAAUUAGUUGAAGACUGCAAAGAAGAGGAAUUACGGUUAGAUUUGGAUGACGAGCGAGUAAUUGUUUUGAAUUAUGAAAAGGCAAAAACAGCCACAUUUCAGAUCUUAAAGCGCCAUAGAAUACCUUCUGCCAUGUCCACUGACCUUUUAACCCCAGAGACUGCACCUCAAGUGACUGCUUCUGCUUCCGCUUAGGCUGAGUCACCCAGUAGUAUUUGUAUUUUAGUUAUUCUUUCACAUUGUAAAAUUUUUGACUGAUGUAGUAAGUCAUUCAUAUUUUCAUAAAGCAGCAGGCAGAUGAUAGAUAGCAACAACCUUUGAUAAACGUGUACUGUAAUAAUGUGAUAUGCAUGAAUGCUGCAAGGGUGGUGGAAAAGGGCUCUAAAGGAUGAAAACUAGUAUGAGAUAAGUCCUCUUUGGGGCAGAUCGAUUCAUUCAAGAAUGUAUAAUCUAAUUACAGGAGAUUGUGGAGAUGGCAUACCGUAUUUUCCCUAA